CACACCGUUGCAAGAAUUCAAAAAGAGGAAGAGAGAGGGUCAGUUUCGUCAUUAUCUCACUUCACCUUGAAACGUGGCGUUAAAAGACAGGAACAACAGAAUCUAAACGGUGUCAUUUUCUCCAUACAUUCCCCAUUUUGCACGUCAACAUUCACUUUUAUUACCACUCUCUGCCACUCCCUCUUUCUUUUCUCUCACCCCUCUCUCUCCACCGUCAAACUCAAACUUCCGAUCUCUCUCUCUCUCUCUCUCUCUCUCCCACGCGCUCUCUCUCACUCUCUCCUCUGCAACACUACAAUGGCGUUCUCCACAACACGCUUCGCUUCUUCCUUUCUCUAACCAUGACAAUGGCGUUUGCUUCGAGCUUCUAGCGUUUCGUUUUUCCGUACAGAUUUGAAAAUUUUCCGACCGAUUCAGCGGUUUUUUCAACUCUCUCCAACUCGUUGUCACGGUGGAUUUGGUGUAGUGAAACCAGUGGUGAUUGGUUUUGGUUUUGGUGAAGUGGAGUGGAACUUAGUUGAAGCUUUUCAGGUUGGGGUUUUUGAAUUUUGAGGGAUUUAGGGUUUGUGCGGUUUGAAAUUUGAGGAUGAAUCGUAGCUUCAGGGCUCAGGAAUCGCAAAUGCAAGCUGCGUUGAAGCAGAGGGAGCAGCAGUUUGGGGGUUUGAGGGGUUCUGUCAUGAAGGAGAAGGAUGAGGAGCUCGCAUUGUUCCUUGAGAUGAAGAAGCGUGAGAAGGAGCGGAAUGAUCUUCUUCUUCUCAACUCGGAUGAGCUCGAUUCACCUUUGGGGUCAAAUCCCAGCACUUCUUCCAUUUUCAACAUUCCAGCGUCUGCGCCGAUUCCUGUUCGGAAGAAUGGUACUGAUGACUUUCUCAAUUCAGAAAAUGAUAAAAAUGACUAUGACUGGCUUCUAACUCCUCCUGGUACUCCUCUUUUUCCUUCGUUGGAAAUGGAAAGUCGGAAGACUGUUAUGAGUCAGCUUGGAAGUGGUAACCCAGCCUCGCGCCCAGUAGCAUUAAAAUCCAGAUUGGGAAAUCAUCAAUCAGAGCCUGCUGGGAGGACUAGCUUAGUAUCUAAACAAUCAACUUCUUCCCCUGUAUUGAGCUCUUCAAGUGGUGGAACUAGGAGGCCCUCAUCAUCUGGGGGUCCCGGAUCACGACCUGCAACUCCUACUGGACGCUCCACAUUGAACACUGCUUCAAAACCAUCAAGACCUUCUACACCUACUCGGACUAUGCUACCUUCUAGGACCAUGGCAGCUCCAUCCAAGACCACAAUUUCCACAACCAAGCCUGUAGUUUCUUCCACUAAGCCUUCGACUUCUGCAACUAAGGCCACAGUCCCUGCAGCGAGAUCCACAAUUCCAUCAAGAUCCUCUACACCAUCAAGAUCUACUGCUAGAUCUUCGACACCAACUAGCAGACCUACUUUACCUGCUUCCAGGUCCACAUCAAGAGCAUCUACUCCAACUCGGCGACCAUCUACCCCAUCAAGUGAACACAGUAUAUCAGCUCCUUCAGUUAAGAUUUCUUCAAGCCCCAAGCCAGCUCCUGUGACAGCAAGGCAGCCAACUCCUGUGAGAGGAAGGCAGCAAGCUCCUGUGACCUCAAGGCAGCCAACUCCGACGACCUCGAGGCAGCCAGCUUCUGUAACCUCAAGGCAGCAAGCUUCUGUGACCUCAAGGCAGCAGCAGCCAGUGCCAUCACGUGGCACUUCACCAACAGUGAGAUCACGACCAUGGAAGCCAUCUGAGAUGCCAGGUUUUUCACUCGAAGCUCCACCCAAUUUGAGGACAACACUACCUGAUAGACCACUGUCUGCAACUAGGGGCAGGCCUGGAGCACCCACUUCUCGGUCUUCAUCUAUUGAGCCUUCUUCUAGUGGAAGACCCAAGCGACAAUCAUGCUCUCCUUCUAGAGGACGAUCUUCCAAUGGCAGUGUUCAUAUCAGUGGAAACUCAAUGCCAGCAGUUAACCGUGGAUACUCCAAAGUGAAUGACAAUGUCAGUCCUGUUGUAAUUGGCAACAAAAUGGUUGAGAGGGUAAUUAAUAUGCGAAAACUAGCACCACCAAUGAUGGAUGACAAAAACUCUCCCCGUAGUAAUCUGUCUGGCAAGUCAUCAUCUCCAGAUAGUUCAGGUUUCGGAAGAACACUCUCAAAGAAGUCCUUGGAUAUGGCUAUUAGGCAUAUGGAUAUAAGGAGAACUAUUCCAGGCAAUUUACGGCCAUUAAUGACAAAUAUUCCAGCAUCGUCUAUGUAUAGUGUGAGGUCUGGACCUCAGCGUGGCCGAAGUCGAACAGUUAGUGCUUCAGACUCUCCUCAUGCAACCAGCAGUAAUGCCAGUUCUGAACUGAGUGUAAACCAAAAUGGUAUUUGUUUAGAUAGUAGCGAAGUAGAUGAUGAUAUUGGCAGUGAGAGAUGUGGUCAAUCUCCUGCAAGUGUACGGGGCAGGUAAACUUAUCUGUUUUGGGGAACCCUGCAUAUAUUUAAAUAGCACCAAGGCUCUUAUCCUGAGUUUCAGCCAUAUUGGAUUUACAUAUGGAGCUAACCAUGCUUGUAUGAUGAAAAGCUUAUUGGAAGUGAUAUAACCUCAUGUAAUGGAAGGAAUCUCUAAUUUCAGGUAGAUCGCUUGUUGUUGUGGCAAUUCUUAUUUUUUGAAGCAAAAGGAGGUUUAUCCUCUAUUUAUUUAGCAA